CAGACGCUCACUUCGCAAACAAAGCCAGUUCACGGCGUAUCGCGGGUCAGGUCUGUGUUGCUCUACCAAGCAACUUCACAACUUCCUAACGAUAAUACUUCGCGUUUGUUUUACAAAGCGAAGCGAGAUCGACUCCCAGUGUUUGACUUCGAUGAACUUUAAUAUAACUCCAGCAAGGCUGAAAUUAAAUAAAUAUUUGAGAUGGAUUUAAGUGAAAAACUCGUCAUGUGUGUGCUCAUUAGGACGUGAAAUAUCAACCUAAGGCAAUGAAAAUAAGAAAAUAAAUGUUAAUGAAAGAUAUUUCCAUAUCGGCUGAGACAAAGUUUUCGUCAUGAAUACAAGACGGAUCUUGAAGAGUGGUCAGCACAGACGGGUGACGCGUUAAUCCAAAAUGGCGAUGUCUCGCUCGCGGAGUGGUGGACCUCUCUCACGGCUACUUAUACUAGCCAUAUUACAUGUUAACUUUAUAGCUCUGGGUCUCGAACCGGAUUUCAAGUUUCCCCUGGAGAAUGUUACCAUCGCACAGGGAAGAGACGCGACAUUCACCUGUGUGGUCAAUAAUCUAGGUGGUUAUAGGGUGAGUGGCGACUCCGCCACUGCCAGGGUAGCGUGGAUCAAGGCGGAUACAAAGGCAAUUCUAGCGAUACACGAGCACGUGAUCACUAACAACGCGCGGCUAAGCGUCACCCAUAACGACUACAAUACGUGGACGCUGAGCAUUCGUGGCGUAAAGAGAGAAGACAGAGGACAAUAUAUGUGCCAAGUUAACACAGAUCCAAUGAAAAUGCAGACAGCAUUUCUUGAAGUUGUGAUACCCCCUGACAUCGUGUAUGAAGAGACAUCAGGGGAUAUGAUGGUACCAGAAGGCGGUGCAGCUAAGUUAGUGUGUAAGGCAAGGGGUUACCCUCCACCAAGAAUCGUCUGGCGAAGAGAAGAUGGAGGGGACCUCAUUUCUAGAGGCGGACCACAGGGGAAAACAAAAGUGUCGUCACUGGAGGGCGAGAUAGUGAACCUGACGAAAGUGACUCGCUCCGAAAUGGGGGCGUAUUUAUGCAUCGCGGCAAACGGCGUACCACCAUCCGUCAGCAAGAGGAUUAUGCUCCACGUGCAUUUCCACCCAUUAGUACAAGUCCCAAAUCAGCUUGUGGGCGCUCCGACGGGCACAGAUGUCAACCUUCAGUGCCACGUAGAAGCUUCGCCUAAGGCUAUCAACUAUUGGACUAGGGAAAAUGGUGAAAUGAUUAUUACUAAUGACAAGUACCAGAUGAGUGAAAUCAGCAAUACGGCGUACAGUGUUCAAAUGCGUUUAAUUGUACAUAAUAUUCAAGACACUGAUAUGGGAGGCUACAAGUGUAUAUCCAAGAACUCCAUUGGUGAUGCUGAAGGGACCAUUAGAUUAUAUAAAAUGGAGCUACCAUAUCUUAAAUCACGAGUCGAAGACACAGAAACGAAUUACGUAGAGACAAACGAUGUGCGGUCCAGUCUCCAAGGCCCGCUGCGGGAAGGAGGGCAUCGUACUGAGGACGCGGACUUCCUGGGAGGUCGACCCUCACCCGCUACGUCUUGUCGAGUCACCCCACACGCGAUUUUCUUACUAACUGCCUUAGCUCUCGCGUGCUAAAUAAACUAUUCUCAAUACAUCUAUAUAACUAAAGAGAAUUUCUGUUACAACUAGCUGUUACAUAUGAGUGGCUAUUAAUUCGUAUAUACCCAAAAAGCGAAUUUAAUAUGGUAUUGUGUUUUUUUUUAAUAGUGAAUGUGCUUGGACUUCAUAAACACUAAAAUGAGCGUUGUAAAUGCUUGUGUACUAUUUGAGUGAACUAUGUGUAUUUAACCUUAAAACUGCUCUAAGCAUUUUGAUGUAAAAAAAGCUUUUCUUAUAAGUUAUUAAAAUUAUCCUUGCGUAAAGGAAUGUAUGUAUUUUAUUGAUAUUUUAAUAUGUUUGUAAAUAAGUAUAUUUUAUGUAUUUCAGGGAUUAAGUUUUACUAGAUUUUGCAUGUAUAGUGAAAUGUAAACAAAUAUAAUUAGACAUGUAUUUAUUGUUAAAAUUAAUGUUGUUGAAUUUAUUAACUGUCAUCUGUUAUAGAACUUGACGAUGUAGUUUUAGUUAUCAAGGGUCCUAAUUUAUUAAUUGAAAAUGUAAAUAUCGUAUUACAUUAUAUUGAUACGUACUUCAAGACUUGAGCAAUGCCGAAAUAGACAAACUGUUUGACAGCCUUUGAAAGAAGUUUUUAUAUUACGUGUCCUAAUUCCUUACUUCAAAUUUAUACAUAUAUAUUUUUAGUUGGUUGUCAAUAAAAUAUAGUUUUAAUUUCUUUAAUUGAUGAAUCGACAAACCUAACGCUUAUAUUUGUGCAGAUUUGUUUAAUGAACAUUAAUACUUUAGGACUCGGUUUUAGAUCCAUAUAAUUAUUUUUGAUUUAACAUAAAGCCACUUACAUAACGGCCAUAUAACAAGUGUAUAAAUAUUGCCUGCGAAGUAAAAAUAUAUACAUAUA